GGGGACGGGGACGUAAAGGGAAGGGGGCAGCCCGCGGAGGAGGCCCUGAAAGGAUGGGGGUGGCCCGAGAGAGGGGGAAGGGCCUGUGGGGGCGGGGAAUGCCCUAUAGGUGCCGGGAGGAAUGUCCUAUGGGGAGUGUCCUAUGGGGACGGGGACGCUGUGGGAAUAUCCUAUAGGCGCCGUGGGGGAAGGUCCGACAGGGACAAGGACACUGUGGGAAUAUCCUAUAAGUGCCAUGGGGGAACGUCCUAUAGGGACAGGGACGCUGUGGGAAUAUCCUAUAGGUGCCAUGGGGGAAGGUCCGACAGGGACAAGGACACUGUGGGAAUAUCCUAUAGGUGCCAUGGGAGAAGGUCCUAUAGGGACAGGGACGCUGUGCAAAUAUCCUAUAGGUGCCGUAGGAGAAGGUCCUAUAGGGACAGGGACGCUGUGGGAAUAUCCUAUAGGUGCCGUGGGGGAAGGUCCGACAGGGACAAGGACACUGUGGGAAUAUCCUAUAGGUGCCAUGGGAGAAGGUCCUAUAGGGACAGGGACGCUGUGGGAAUAUCCUAUAGGUGCCAUGGGGGAAGGUCCUAUAGGGACGGGGACACUGUGGGAAUGUCCUAUAGGUGCCGUGGGGGAGGGUCCUAUAGGGACAGGGACGCUGUGGGAAUAUCCUGUAGGUGCCAUGGGGGAAGGUCCUAUAGGGACAGGGACACUGUGGGAAUAUCCUAUAGGUGCCAUGGGAGAAGGUCCUAUAGGGACAGGGACGCUGUGCAAAUAUCCUAUAGGUGCCGUGGGAGAAGGUCCUAUAGGGACAGGGACACUGUGGGAAUAUCCUAUAGGUGCCAUGGGAGAAGGUCCUAUAGGGACAGGGACGCUGUGCAAAUAUCCUAUAGGUGCCAUGGGGGAAGGUCCUAUAGGGACAGGGACACUGUGCGAAUAUCCUAUAGGUGCCAUGGGAGAAGGUCCUAUAGGGACAGGGACGCUGUGCAAAUAUCCUAUAGGUGCCGUGGGAGAAGGUCCUAUAGGGACAGGGACACUGUGGGAAUAUCCUAUAGGUGCCAUGGGAGAAGGUCCUAUAGGGACAGGGACGCUGUGGGAAUAUCCUAUAGGUGCAAUGGGGGAAGGUCCUAUAGGGAUGGGGAAGCUGUGGGGAAUGUCCUAUAGGUGCCGUUGGGGAAUGUCCUAUGGGGAUGGGAAUGCUGUGGGAAUAUCCUAUAGGUACCAUAGGGAAAGGUCCUAUAGGGCACCAUGGGGAACGUCCUAUUGGGAUAAGAAUGCCACUGGGAAGGAACAUCCUAUAGGGACGCCAUGGGGAAUGUCCUAUAGGGGUACCAUGAGGAACGUCCUAUAGGGAUCCCAUGGGAAACGUCCUAUGGGGACGCCAUAGGGAACAUCCUAUAGAAGUGCCAUGGGGAACACCCUCCAGGGACCCGCCGUAGACCCCUAUGGAUGUGGGGUGCCAUGGAGAAGAUCCUAUAUGGGACCACCACAAAGAACAUCCCGUGGGACAUCAUGGAGAACAUCCUAUAGGGACAAGGACACCAUGGACAACAUCCUAUAGGGCCACCAUAAAGAACAUCGUAUAGGGACCCCCUAUGGCUGUGGGGUGCCACGGAGAACGUCCCAUAUAGGGACACGGGGACUUCCCUGCGGACCCCCUAUAGGUGGGGACACCCUGGGGACCCUUAUGGACACGGGGACCCCCCGGUCGACGAGGGCACCUCGGGGGGGCGCCUAUAGGCGGCGGGACGUUAUGGACAGCCCCUAUGGGA